CGUCGGUAGGAUAGGGUAGCAAUAUACAUUAAUUGCGCCGUUCAACGCCAUUUGGUUACUACGUGAUGCUAGUGUUUCAAUAAAGGAUUCAAAUUGUCAUUUAUAAAUGACAGCAAUAUAGGAUAUUUAAAGAUGUUGGACAUCUUAGGGAGAUAGAUAUAAAAUAAAACGAGAGAAACUGAAUAAAUGGUACAAUGAAAUUACACUGUAGAUGUACCAUACGAAGUGUUAUAUGAAUGAAUCAACAACAUUGUUUUAUUGUCAAUUGACCAUUUGAUCAGUGCUUAUGUUAUAUUUUUUAACACGGUUUUAUUAAUUGCUUUAUCUACAAAGUAGAUAUCUACAAAGAUUUGAUAUUUUAUUGAAGCAAAUUUGAAAAAAAUUAUGUCUGUAUUAACUGAUGCAUCUCCAAUUAUUACGUACGAUAAUCUAAAUGAAAAUAUAUUAAAUAAAAGUAUUUUAUGGAAAAUAGAAAAUGACUUUGACAUUGAUGAAAAAAUGUCUGUCUUAUUUUUGAUGAUAGAUGAUUAUGAGCACAGCUUCCAAGAAGUCUAUGACUUAUUAAAAAAAUGUAAAGAAGACCAAGCUUUUAUACUCACAGAAUUUGUAAAUAAACAUCCUGAUAAUUGGAAAAAUAAAUUAUUAGAAGCUACAUGUGUGAUAAAUAAUCGGCAAGUUAUACGAAAAUUGGGAAUAUCAUUUGAAAGUUUCAGUUUAUUUUAUAAGCCAAAGAUCAGAUCAUAUUCCAGAUACAUAAAUUUAGCUGCAAAAUGUUUAUAUUUAUUAUGUGAAGCUCUUUGUGAAGAUAAAACUAAGUUGUUACUGCAGUAUAUUCAAACUGAUUUAACUCCAUAUGAGGAAAAUUUAAAAAAUAUAGAUUUUCUUGAAUUACAUAUGUUAUAUUGGAUGAGAGAAAAUUAUAUUUCAAUAUAUCCAGAUGGAACUGCCAAACUUAAAAAUUUGCUUAAACAUUUAAAGACUUUGGAAGAUUUGGAGCUCAUUUGCGAAGAUCUAAAGAAACGUGAGAAUCAUCAAAAUGUGUUGGAUAUACAACAUUCUCUUAAUACAUCUCAUGUACGAGAAUCUUUCAUGGAAGAAUCAUCAAUAUUGUCAGAUGUGGAAGAAAAUGAUAUAAGAAAACUAAACAGUGGCCUUUGUAUUAUUAUAAGUCAAAUGCUUUUUGAAGGUAAAAAGUUUGAAACUAGAUUUGGAAAUGCAAAAGAUUGUAAGACGUUAUCUGAAACAUUCAGGAGAUUUGGUUUUACAGUUACACAGUUUAAUAAUUUAACUGAAGAUGAAAUAUUUACAGUAUUAGAAAAUAUUCCAAAAAAUUUUGGCACUAAUUAUGAUUGCAUUUUUCUAUGCAUUUUAAGCCAUGGUUGCAAAGGUGGUAUUAUUAGUACAGAAGGAAAAGAAGUUAGCAUUGAAGCAAUUGAACAUAAAUUUUGUUGUGUCGAAUUGGAAGAUGUUAUUAAAGUAGUUAUUAUACAAGCUUGUCAGGGAAAUGUGAAAGGACAAGUAAAUGUCAACGAAACAACUAAUUUACUUACAGAUGGUCCUACAGAUUGUAAAAGUUCGAAUAUUUUACCAUACAAAAAUUUCUGUAUAUUUAUGUCAACUAUGCAGGGUUUUAUAUCUGUACGUCAUAAAAAAGAAGGAUCCUGGUUUAUCCAAGAAUUUUGUAAUAUUUUACAAAGUGGAAAAAAUAAAAUUACAUUCUUGGAAGCUAUUAGGAAAACAAUUCAUUCAGUAAUGAAAAAGAAAGGGAAAUUAAAUGAAACAAAUUCCAUUGCUCAGUUACCUGAAUUAAAAACAUGCAGAUUGCUUACGGAUUUCCACUUACCAGACUACCAAGAACACAUAUAAAAAGAGAAGGACAAUUCUUAAACUGUUCUACUAUAUUUUAUAAAGAAGACAAAAUAUGUUGUUUAUAUACUGUAUAAUUUAUGUAAUAAAAGUUAUUGAUGUUUAA